AUGGGAGGAUGGGUUGAUAUAAUAACCUCAUUACAGUUCAUGGCGCUUCUUCUUUGUGUGAAUUUCGUGGCUUCUAUUGCAGAAGAGCGAGAAAUAUACUUGGUCUUAAUGGAAGGGCAACCGGUUGCAUUCCACAGACGUCAUCCACCUCGUGAAGAUGGGAGAAGAGUUGUGCAGCCAAACAGUGAAGUAGACAAGGUCCAUGCAGAGCAGUUGGAGGAUUCUCAUGACCAACUUCUAGAGAGCACUCUGGAGACUGGAAGUUACAACAGGCUCCAUAGCUUCAAACAUAUCUUUAAUGGCUUUUCUGUACACACCACCCCUUCCCAGGCUAGAAAACUCAAAGCUGCUCCAGGAGUAAAGCUGAUAGAGAGAGAUAGAGGAGCCAAAUUGAUGACAACAUACACUCCUAAGUUCCUAGGCUUACCAGAAGUAUGGACACAGGAAGGAGGAGACAAAAAUGAAGGCGAAGGGAUUGUGAUUGGUUUCGUGGACACAGGCAUCAACCCUCUUCACCCAAGCUUCGCUUAUGAUCCCAUGAAGCCUUUUGAGUCGAAUAUUUCUCACUUUUCUGGAGCUUGUGAGACCGGUCCUCGAUUCCCAGCCACUUCUUGCAACGGGAAGAUAGUUUCAGCAAGGUUCUUCUCAGCCGGGGCUGAAGCAGUUGCAACUCUCAAUACAUCAGUAGAUUUUCUCUCACCCUUUGAUGCAGUUGGACAUGGCAGUCACGUGGCAUCAACUGCUGCGGGAAAUGCUGUAGUUCCAGUUGUCGCGGAUGGCUUCUUUUAUGGGCAAGCUAGUGGAAUGGCACCACGCGCACGGAUUGCUGUUUAUAAGGCUGUCUAUCCAACUGUGGGAACUUUAGCAGAUGUCAUAUCAGCAAUUGAUCAAGCAACGCGAGACGGAGUGGAUAUAUUAUCACUCUCUGUUGGACCAGAUGAACCACCAGAAGAUACACUCACCUUCUUAAACCUGUUUGAUAUUGCCAUGUUGUUUGCACGACGAGCUGGAGUUUUUGUGGUGCAAGCAGCAGGCAAUCAUGGCCCGGACCCUUCUACUGUACUGUCUUAUAGCCCUUGGGCAGUCGGUGUAGCUGCUUCCGGCACAGACAGAAGUUUCCCUGCUUCUCUUAUCCUUGGAAAUGGUGAAAAAGUUGGUGGUGUGGGAUUAUCAGGACCGACCUUUGGAAAUGGGUUAUUUCUCUAUAAGCUGGUUUUGGCCAAGGAUGCAGUUAAGAUAAAUGGGACAUUUCCAAGGACUCCACAGUAUAUUGAAGAGUGCCAAUAUCCAGAAGCAUUGGACCCCAAUGCAGUGCAAGGCAGUGUUGUCAUCUGCACCUUCUCUGCCGGCUUCUUCAACCAGACCUCUACUCUCACCGCCAUCAUCGAUACUGCAAGAACUCUGGGGUUCAUGGGUUUUCUUCUACUUGCAAACCCAACCUACGGUGAUUAUAUUGCAGAACCCAUUCCCUUUCCUAUUCCGGCCAUUAUGAUCCCCUCAGUUGCUGAUGCUAAGAUUAUAUCACAAUACUAUGAGCAACAAACAAACAGGGAUGAGAGAGGAUUUGUGACCAAAUUUUGUGCUAGAGCGGCUAUAGGAGAUGGAAGAGUUGCUUCUUUCAAGGGGGAAGGGCCUAUUGUUAGCAGAUUCUCUGCAAGAGGACCAGAUUUCAUUGACACUAACAAAAAUCCUGCUGACGUUCUUAAGCCUGAUAUUCUUGCUCCAGGGCACCAAGUUUGGGCAGCUUGGAGCCCCAUUAGCUCCUUAGAUCCAAUAUUAAAGGGAUACAAUUUUGCACUACUGUCUGGUACCAGCAUGGCAGCACCUCAUAUUGCAGGAAUAGCGGCGCUCAUCAAACAAUGUAAUCCUCUCUGGACUCCAUCAAUGAUAGCAUCUGCAAUCUCAACCACAGCCACCAAGUAUGACAGUAAAGGAGAACUGAUAAUGGCAGAAGGAAAUAAUAUCGGCAGCUUGUCUCCCUCCACUCCUUUCGAUUUUGGUGCCGGCCUUGUCAGUCCUACUCGCGCCAUGGAUCCCGGUCUGGUGUUCUUUUCAGGAUAUGAUGACUACAUCAGCUUCUUGUGCUCUUUGCCCAACAUUGACCCGGUUACAAUCAAGGCCUGUACUGGAGAGUUCUGCAAUCACUCACUUAGCCACCCAGCCAACCUGAACCUCCCUUCUGUGACAAUAUCGGCCCUGGCCGGAACUCGAUCAGUGCAACGAACGGUCAAGAAUGUAGGACUCAGGCCAGAGACAUACUUAUGCUCCGUGCUGCCGCCAAAUGGGACAAUGGUUAGCUUGUAUCCAUCUUGGUUUAACAUAGCUCCACAAGGAACGCAAGAUUUGGACAUACAUAUUAACGUGACCAAAGCAAUGAAUGCCUUCCGCUUUGGUGAAAUUGUCCUAACAGGAAGCUUAAAUCACAUUGUGAGAAUACCCAUGUCAGUUUUGCCCAUUUCAAUAUCAUUAUGAGGAUUGAUGGCUUUAUUUCACAGUAUCUUGACUAUAAUUACAAUGAUAUACACCAAAUGGGAUGCUCGGGACAUGCAGAGAAAGACCAUACUCUAUAAUCUGAUGCUUUAAAGAGUUAAAAUUCUCUCUGUAAUUGGAAACUGGU